AUGAGUGAACUACCAAAAUAUUCGUUGAAAGAAGUGGCAAAACAGGAUGGAAAAGAAGAAGCAAGAGUCUGGAUCGUGAUUCACGAUAUGGUGUACGACGUGACCAAUUACAGGCACGAGCAUCCUGGCGGAGCAGAGUUAGUGGACGAGUAUGCAGGACAAGAUGCGACACGCGGAUUCGAUGAAUUUGGACAUUCCUCAGACGCAAAACGUAUGUUGAAGAAGUUCCUUAUUGGUGAAUUAGCGGAGUUGUAAUUGGAUAUUGAAAUAUCUUUUGUAUAUAAAUGUCGACAAUAAUGCAGCGUUUUAUUUGCAGAUUUUUAUCAAUAUUAUGUUUCAAGUGUGCAACUUGACACCCGGGGAAAUAGUUGGAUAA